AUGUCGACCUCGUCACGUUCGUCAGCCGAAUCGGCGACGUCUUCCGCACCUCGGCGUUCAAAGCGGUGGAGCUACGCCGACGCGGGCAAGGUCUACGGGGAGACACCCACCUCAGCGCCACUAUGGGGUCUGCCGCCGGGCCUCCAUGCCGGCUCGAUUAACACCGCGAUUAGUACCACGCGCCAUGUAUCAUUGCGCACCCGCGCGCAGCAGCGCUGGUUGACGCUGCUUCUCGCGCUCAUGCGCACACCGUACCUCGGUGCGCUUACGAUGCGUGUGCUCGAGGCCUCUGCCUACGCCGCCUACGUAAAGGGCUCUGUUAUAGUAUUCACUCGUCGGCGUGCGGGGCCGCCGGUGGCGAUGGCAACGGAGCCCGACUCCUCUUGCGGGAAUGUCGACUUGUGCGAGGCGGACUGCACUGCCCGAACGUCGGUGUCGCAGGCACAGUGCAGCGCCGACCUGUCUAAGGCAGGCGGCCUCUCAGCGCCGCCGCGUCUCUCGCCUGCUGGCCGCCCCUCCUCCUCGCUCCUCUUCUCUCAUGACGCGCCGCUUCGUGAGAACGCCCUUGACUGCCUCUACAUCGGCGCCAGCCCGAUCCACAGCAGAGGGCUGUUCACGGCAUGUGCACUGCCGCGCGGCACCCGCAUCAUCGCCGAGUCACGUCGCUCCCUCCUACUCGCCUCACACUUUGUCACCUUGCUAGCUGACACGCACGAGAAGCUGCCGGAUACGUGGCACUACACCCAACCUACCGGGUGCGUCGUGGAGUUGGUGACGCAAGCGCAGCCACAUCAUCUAAUGAACCAUAGCUGCGCGCCGAAUGUGUGCAGUGGACUCUCUCACACCUUCUGGGAGGCCGCCACGAUCGCGGAUAAGUGGCAGCGGCAGCAUCACCAACAGCAGUGCUCGCGGCGGAGCAGCUCCACGCACGGUGCCGCCAGUGAGCGCGCGGAGGCCUCCCACGGCAACGUCAGGGAGGAAGGUAUUCGCAGUGACGCAACAACUUGGAUUUCGUCGUCGUCGUCGUUCUUGGCCGCCGAAGCGCACAGCGCGGGCUGUGGCGAGCGGAUGACGCGGUGGCCGUACUUCGCCGACGCGAACAGCUUCUUCCUGACUCGCGAUGUCGCAGCGGGCGAGGAGCUCACGCUGGACUACAGCACUCGCAUGGCCCCCCUCUACGCAGGGGAGUCGGCACGCGCGCUGCAGUCGCGCAGCUGGCUGCUCUGCCGCUGUGGGCAGCCGUGCUGCCGCCACUACGUGUACCGCCCAAAGCCGGAGAUCAGCGUCUUUCUGCGCACACUGCGCACGGGGCAAUGUGGGCAAGAGCGCGAUACCGCGCAUAUCAUGGCAAAGCUGCUCGAGCUCGGCUUCGAUGAUGAGCUUGUGUUACUGAGCUACGCCGCUAGCAGUGCGGACGUGGUGGCGUACCUGUAUGGGCAGCCGCUGCCCUCACUACAGGGGCUCUCGCGAACUCAGUCGUGGGCACCGUUCAUACGAACGUGCCCGUCGUCCGCGAGCGCGCUGCCAGCGGUGCACGAGGGCAUGGACGUGGAGGUGCGCCGGAUGACGAAGCGCCAGCUGCUCUCGGAGUACCGCUAUGUCUUUCGACUCUUGAACGAAGCGGUGCCGGUGCGUACGUGA